AUGGGGGUGAACACGGAGCCCGUCUACGGACCAUUCUUCGGCAUCCUUGGGGCUUCUUUCGCUAUGAUCUUUUCUGCAUUAGGUGCUGCUUACGGAACAGCAAAAUCAGGAACGGGAAUAGCAUCAAUGGCUGUUUCAAGACCCGACUUGAUCAUGAAAUCCAUCAUUCCUGUUGUAAUGGCGGGCAUUGUGGCCAUCUAUGGCUUGGUUGUUGCUGCUUUGCUGGCCAACCAGGCUGGUCCUGCUUCCAGCAGUCAAUCUGGAUACCCAAUUUUCAAAAGUUUUCUCCACUUGGGAGCGGGGUUGAGUGUGGGGCUAUCAGGAGCAGCAGCGGGAUACGCCAUCGGGGUUGUGGGAGAUUGUGGUGUGAGAGGCACUGCUCAGCAGCCAAGGCUUUUUGUCGGCAUGAUUUUGGUUCUAAUUUUUGCUGAAGUUCUUGGUUUAUAUGGACUUAUUGUGGCUCUCAUUCUAUCUUCUAAAUGA